AUGUCUAACCAUGCAGGACCACAGAAUAUUGAUAAUGCCUUUCAUUUACUCAGCGUCUCUUUCAACAGUAUCCGGCCGGAUUAUCUGUCAUUUCCUGAGCAACGCCUCGAUGAACGCAACGUGGUUUACUCCUGGACCGACGAUGACAAGGAAGAGUUUGAACUGGAACUCGUCGAUAACAUCCCUGAUCCUAUUAGUGUCCACAAGAGAUCCCACUACCAAGAGCCUUCUUACGUUCCAGGACAGUGCAAGAGGGUCCCGUUCUUGCAAAAGCACCCUAACCACCCGUUUGCGGUCGUCUUCCAGGCCAUGAAAGCUUCGAAUCCUGACUGGAGAUGUGAUAAUGUUGACAUCAUCGCCCAAAGCGACCUUCUGAACAUGAUCUUCUCAUGGAUCCGGGAUGACCAAAGCGCGAGCUUUGUAAUCGAUGCGUCACUAGUCAGAAACACUCUUUUUAUCACACUCUUUGAGGACGAGAAACCAUCUGGCCACAGUGACGAGGAUGAAUCGUCAGACGCCAUCUUUGCGCCCUCGCCAACCACUGUCGGACAACAUCAUAUUCUGGAAUACUCAUUUGGAGGCCUCAACUUGCUCGUCACCUCCCCCGGCCACCUUAUGCACUCCAUCCGCUGGGGAAGCGAUGUAUACUUCGGACGAAUACUGCCAGCUGAUGAUAGAGCCGAUCCUGUCUGGCGCCGUGUACUCCCUUUGUUAUGGUUCAGUGGAACCCACACGUGUGUGUCUGGAUCUGUUUCUGACGGAGUUUUCAAAGAAGAUAAUCAAUGGAGCAUCUGA